AUGUUCGACUCGGGCGUCCGGUCUGCAUCUGACGUCUUUAAAGCGCUUGCUCUGGGUGCAAAGUUUGUAUUCGUCGGCCGCUUAUGGAUCUGGGGUCUCUCAAUAAUGGGCGAGACGGGAGUAAACCAUGUUAUGCGCGGGCUACUAGCUGACCUCGAUAUUCUGAUGAGUGUUGGAGAGUUCAGGAACAUUGGGGAGAUCACAAAAGAUUCACUGGAAAGUGGGCCGAAGAGUUACCCGCUUAUGCAUACUGCUAGCAAACUGUAG